GCAGCUUUGCCAUUCGCCUCCGAUCCCCUCCGGUGCAAGUGUCUUUCGGGCUUCUCUUCUCUGAAACCUCAUCAUGAAGCUGUUGAUGUUGCUGGCGCUGGCGGGGCUGGCGAGCUGCAGCACAACCCUGAUCGGAGGCGACCGCGCCAGGGACGUCUCUCUUCGCUAUAAGUACUACGACGAUGACGGCAAGGAGAUCGAGGUGGAGGUGGAGGCCGAGAGGCUGGGACUUGGCCUUGUCGGCGCGGCGCCCAGGAAGGCCGCGGUCGCCCCUGCCCCUUCCGUCCGCCUUGCCCCCGUGACCGCCGUCCCUCAUUUCGCCCUCCAACCCCAGGCGCCAGUCCGCUUUGUUCCUGUGGCCACGCAGGUACAGACCCGCACCGUUCCGGCCGCUCGCAAGGUCGUCCCCUUCGUGCAGCCUCAGGUGGUGACGCGCGUAGUUGAGGUCGCUCCGGCUCCCCAGGUCACCCGCUACGUCCAUGUAGAGGCUCCCAGGGCCCGCUACGUCAAACUGGACGACGACGACGACGAUGAUGAUGAUGACGACGUCCCAGUCGUGUUCCGCUCCUCACGCCCCGUCCACCGCAUGGCGCCUAAGCGCUCCUCCCUGGCUGCUGUCAAGGUCCCCGCGGUCCCUGCCCGCAGGGUCUCGGACAGCAGCGAUGAGGAGUAGGCAGGAAUCGCGGUGCUUUUCCUGGCACUGGCUCCUCGUUUUAUCCUGAUUUUCUUCCAAAGCUAUACAAGAAGUUUUAAUAAAAAAACAAUAACUU